CUAUAUUGGAAUAUCAAUGCCGAUGGAAGCAUCCCAGCUGUACUGGCCUCUAAAGUAUACAUGGUGGCGUUGUCUGUCUGCUCUCGCUACACUAUCUUUGACUGGCUUUGAAUUUUACAAACAUGUUUCCAGUUUUGUCUACAUGAACAGAGCUAUUAGACGAUGGAAAACGUUUCGUGAGAAAACAUUGUUGAACGACAAGCGAUUCUGUCAUCCAAAAUGGAGAGAUGAAAACGAAUAUCUAGACAAAGAGAUCAAGGACGCUCGCGAAGAACGUUUCUUUACACGGCAAGAUGGUUGGAUAUUUCUGGACUGGAUUGCUCUGUUCUUGGUCUUGUCUGGAAUUGCAUCGCAUAUUUCCUUUGUCGUAACUGGCUCCGUUCUUUCGCGGAACAUUCACAUUCGUAUAGUGUCUUUCGUCUUGAUCGUACUUUAUGUUAGAUUGUUGAAGUUCACCAGACCUUUCGAAGAAGAACGUGAACCUUGCAAAGACGAAGAAAUGGAAAAAAUUUUUAUCAUCACGGUGCUGUUGCUAACCUCUAGCGUACUAAUAAUAUCUGGCAUCAAUACUUGUGUGUACAAGAAGCCAGAUUUGGAAUCAAAACGCCCCGUAAUUUGUGCUGGCAAAAACAGGGUUUGUGCAAGAUGGUCGUUGUUUAACAGCGAAACUCAAGAAGGUUAUUACAAAGAUUGUUGUCAAGGAUGGAAUAAGGGUUUAUUUGGAUAUUGUUCCAGAAGAACAUGUAUUGUUAUAUCCCAGAAGACAUUUCCCUUACAGUGUCCAGCCUUUCGUGGUACAAACCUGCUCGAUCAACGCCUUUUCUAUCAACUAUCAACACCGCUGAGAGUUCCUUUGAAAUACCCCGAGCAGACAAAAAACUUUUUGAAAUCUGUAAGUUUUCCAUUGCUCAACCAACAAAAUACCAGUGUGCUUCUUCGUACUGCUCUACGCGUCGAUUUACAUGAAUCGGAUUGGCUGUUGCAUUUCAUGGCCAUGAACAUGAGAAACCGAAUGCUUAAAGGAAAAAUACUUGGCAAAGAACCAAAACCUUUCACAACAUAUGCCGAAUAUGCAAAUCUUCUCAAGAAGUUUCGCGAAGCACAAAAACAGCCUAUUUUUAAAUUUUCCGUGCCCGGACUUAAAGACUUAUUGUCCUUUGAUGUUCUUCAAAUGGCACCCUAUUUGAAAUAUCCUUCACAAGAGAUGCCAUUUCAUGACAUCACAUCAAAUAAGCGAUGGCAACAAGACGAUGUAUUUACGAUGCAGAGGCUGGCGGGAUUAAACACCAUGAGCUUGAAAAAAAUGACGAUUAAAGAUUUUGAAGCAGAUUACGUCAACAAAAACUAUGAUUGGAACGCAGCUGUUAAAAGAGCCACACAGGAGAAUGGAGGCUCUUUCAUUAAAAUGAUCCACACAAGUCGAGUGUUCUGGAUAGAGUACAAACUCCUUCACAACAUCCCUACCCAGCACGAUGCGAGCAAACACGAUGAAACUGUUCAUCGGGAACUGAGAAAUUUUUCUAGCCCCUUCUGUGCUUUUGUCAUAGCAAAAGAAAACAACGAAAAAAAAUUAAAACCUGUGGCAUGUCAGAUGGAUUUUUCUUCCGACGCAGAUGUUUACUCCCCAGUUGAUGGCUCAAAAUGGCUGCUUGCAAAGAUGGAAGUCCAGCAAACUGAUUUCACCUACGAAGUAUUUGUAGAGCAUUUAACUAAGACCCACGUCUUGAUGGAACCAAUUUGCGUUGUCUGGAGAAGCACAAUGUCCGUGUAUCAUCCACUUGGGCAGAUAUUCCAAUGGCAUUGUCGAGGUGUUCUUACUGUCAACUCCCUCGCUUUGCCCAAUCUCCUUUCAACAGAAUUUGCUGUUGGUUUUACUGGUGUCAUGGAAAUCGUGAGAAGAGCCUAUAAAGAUGUUUCAUGGGAUGUGACAGAUUUCGAAAAAAACUUGCAGAAAAGAGGGGUUGAUAAAAAGGACGAACUUCCUUAUUUCCCGUACAGAGAUGACGGUCUGCUUGUGUGGAGGGAAGUUGAGAAGUUUGCAACGGAAUAUGUUUACCUGUACUAUCAAAAUGAUUUGGACGUGCGUAAAGAUAGAGAGUUGCAAAAUUUUGCCAAUAAAUUAACAGCGGAAGGAACGGGAUCCAAAAAUGGAAAGGGCAUGCUCAAAAAGUUUCCAUCGAGAAUAGAAACAAUAAGUGAACUUAUCGAUGUUGUGAAGCGAAUUGUUUUUAUUGCUGCACAGCACAGCACCGUUAACUAUCCUACAUCUUAUUACGGUGGAUUUGUGCCAAAUAUGUCGACGAAGCUUUACGAUGAUCCUCGAGUACCACCGAAGGAAUUUGGAUUUCAUACCUUGCCUCAAGUUCAUGUAGCUACGAGCCAAGUUGGUAAUACCUUGUCGUUGGGAUCACUUCGUUAUGACGUCUUCCUUGAUUACGCUGACAAAUUGAAAGACAAUCGUGCAAAAGCCGUUGUAAAGAAAUAUCACUCAAAGCUGAUUGGAGACGUGAACAAGGAAAUCACUGACAGAAAUACGGCAAGGUUGAAGGCAGGAAAGUUUGUUUAUCCAUACUUUUUACCUAAAUGGAUUACCAACAGCAUUCAAACAUAAAGGUUAAUAAACUGCGUUCGUAAGUCAAUGGGUUUCCGUUUCUUAAUUUAAUUAAAUAAUCAUUUCUUGUUCCAUAUUUCUUCUCGCGUUUUUAACAAUUUCCCCCUUUCCCAAGAAUUUCUAUAUUCGUGUAUUGUUUUUGUGGAAUAAAUAAUUAAUGCAUCAGAAUCGACAUCAACUAAGAGACGAGGACAUGUAAUGUUUGUCAGACAUGUGAAAAGUCUGACGGCAAUAUUUUGGAUUUUGCUUCCUAAAAUUGCGACCAAUUGCAUAAUGGGUGUCAUGAUUAUAUCACGUGACAUUGAAAUGGAAAGUAUUUUUAUUAGCAUUUGAAUUUUGUUUUUGUGGUUCUAUAAAAUUUUUUUAACUCUUAAUAGUAGCGUCAAUACUGCGACGAUUCUUUUCUCAUGGUUAAAAAGUUUUCACUUCAUAAUUUUUCUACAUACAAAACAAAGUCCGAAGAUUAACAUCAGUCAGGAAAAGUCUUGAAUUAAAUCAUACCAAUUAGCUGCUGUUGGUACAUAGUUACAAGUGUCUGUUUAAAUAAAAAUUAACAAAAUUAA